GGGAGGGGCUUGUUUCAUGCGCAUAUAGAAGCUGAGAGAUCGGUUCGAGGGGAAUCAAAUUAUCGAUCUUCAGCAGCUUGUUGCAGAGUGAUUCUGCGCAAUCAGGGGAUGUUUCUGGGUUUCUUAUGGGGGCUUGUAUGAUGAAUAAAGGCGGAAUUUUUUAGGUUUUAGCUCUCUGAGCUACCUGUGGUUAAUUGGUUGGGGGUGGAGAAGAAAGAGUUGAUGUCCUAUUCUGAAGUGAAAAUGGACCAUGACGAGACAGGCUGCCAAGCUCCGCCAGACCAUCCCAUACUGUGCGUCAACAACUGCGGCUUUUUCGGAAGCGCUGCAACAAUGAACAUGUGCUCGAAGUGCCACAAGGAUAUCCUGCUAAAAGAGGAGCAAUCCAAGCUUGCUGCAUCAUCAGCAGCGAGUAUCAUGAACGGAACAUCAAUCACCACCCUUGGAAAGGAACCUGUUGUUGCUCCUGCUCCUGCCCCGAUCAUCAAUGUACAAGUCAGUUUGCAAGAGCCAACACCCAUCUCGGUGCAGCCAUCUUCUGCUCCAGGUGUGGCAGAGAGCAACGAAGAGAAACCAAAGGAGGUGGGGCCCAACAGAUGCAACACCUGCAAUACGCAAUCGCGAAACAACCCGGGGACUAGCAGGCGUCAUCUCCCCAAGCUAUAG